GUCGUCACUCAAAACCUUUUUAUUUCGUUUGAUUUAUUUUCAAACUCAUUAUUCUGCUGUUUUCUCAGCUUAUUUGGCCAUUUUAGAGAUUACUGAGAAUAAUAAAUGACCUUAAUACUCGUGUCAUUGUGUGAUCGACUCGAGAAAAGGGGAGCACGACGUUUGACUUGGACACGAUCAGAAUAUUGACGAAGUCCACGUUUCCAAAGUUCUUCGUUCCUGACGAAUCAAAAUAUUCGUGACUUCGAUUUCUGACGUCGUAAAGCCAUCGAAUCUGCACGUUCAUCUUAACGUUCUUCUGCCUCCUUGUACCGUGCCUCUUCCGGGGAGUGUCUCAUCGACCCUUCGUUCAUCCUUUCAUCGCUCCUCGUGUGUUGUCUAUUUUGGUUUUCUUAAUAGAGGAAGUUCUCGUCAAAAAUCCACUCUUUUCCUGACGUAUUUUUUUCUCGACUUCUCGAUCUUUCCAAGACUGGAAAUAACGUUUAAGUGUAUAUGAUUCUUUGUUUAUACUUUUCAACAAUGAGAGUAAACCCUUGAAUAUCAAAUUUCUCGUUUUUCAGAAUAGUUUCAAUAAAAUUUCAUUUGCAGUCGCAGUGACGUCUUGAAAGCCUUAUCUCCGUUCAUUUUACUGGCAAAUUAUCUCUUUUCAAGUCACGUAGCGGUAGCUUGAUAACAGAUAUUUCGAGGUCACUUUUUGUUACAGUGAUUUACCCAAAGAAACAAUCGAUUCGUCGAGAUUCGUACGAAAAUGAGCCCUUUUGACGAAAUUAUUCUCGUUUCCUUAGCGUGAAAAACGAACUUUCCGAAUUUACAGAAAUUCUGUCAACCUCGAAAAAAAAUGAGCAACAAACAUCCUCGAAUUCUGCACUUCCGAUGCAGCGCCGAGAAUUAUUUCUUCUGACGAAAAAAAGGAAGUAACAUUUCUUGUUUCUCUCUUCUCGACUUAUUCUCGUCUUUCACUUGUUUCGGAAAUGCAGCUUUAAGAAUGUAACACACCUCCACCGGCACCCCCCAAGGGCCGGCCGGCAUAGAACGCGCGCGCAUUCAAACGAUUCGGUGAAACUGGCCACCCUCUUUCGCGGGAGCGGGAUAUAGCGUGUACUCGCAACUUGAUUUGCUUGAACAGCACUCGUUCGCCUGUGUGUCUUUACAGUCACUAGUGCUCGGCUCUCAUUCCUCGUUGGGAUAUCGUCGCGACGAGACCGCUUCGCGUUAUAGAAUUUCGUGUGUUUAUACUUGCGUACGUGUUAUCGGGUAUUUUAACAUAAAUUGUUCGAUUUUCGAGCAGUUUUAUCGAGGACGGUGUAAGCGUUGGGGAGUCGACGUUCAAUUUUAUUUGAAUAAACGAAAUUUUCGAAUCCGGUACGAUUUUUAAUCGUCGUAACUGAAAAUAAAGCGAGGGUGACAGUGGAUAAAGUCGUCGAUGAUCAGACUAGGAGCGAAUAAUUUCCAAGCCUCGUUCAUUCGAGAGCGGUAAAACCGAACGUUUUCGUUCCGAUGAAUUCGAAAUAUUGAAAGAGUAUUUGGACUUUGGCAUAUCUUCGCCGGAUCGAUAUUCACGUCGCAUUUUUUUUUGUACUCAUUGGUAGCUACAGAACGCUCGCUCGUAUAGAGAACAGAGAAACGAUGAAAGAAAAAUAUUGCCACGUCGUGCUUACCGAGGCGUUGUUAUUCCCGGGACGAAACACCUGGCUUAAUGUGUACAAAAGACUGUAAAAUCGAGUGAAAAAAAGGCUUCGUUCGAGUUUGUAUUCAAUGUGCGCCGAGCGGUUGGAUGUACUCGAAUAAAAUAAGAGUGCGAGAACAAUAAGGAACGAUUGAUUACAUUGCAAAGUUCGAUUAAUUCGAAAAUGUAGAAAGGAGUUGAGAUCGAUGAACUACUUACGAUGAAAAUAAACAGAGAUCGUUAAAUCGGCUCGUUCGAUCGAUUUCUCACUCUGGUUCGCCCAACGAUUCCAUCAUUGUUUUUUGCUCAUCCUGUGAGAAUAGAUCGUCGAAAGAACCAGGCCAAUCCGUCAAUUGAUUCGUUGGAUCAAACGCUAUCAAAUAAUCGAUUUUUUCUUCCAAUCGAACCUUGAAACGAGUCAAAGUGCCCCGAAGAGAUCAAUGGAGCGAUCGUGAAGAAUGACUAGCGCUUACUCUUUGCCCUCCCGAUUAUCUCGGUAAUUGCUCUCCUUUUCUCGGGUCAGUGAUUAAUCCAAUUAGAGAGGAAUCGUAGAGAGGAAAACAUUCAAGGGAGAUCGGAGAACUGCGAACGAAACAGUAAAGAGAGUCGAUCGAUCUUGCCGGAUCGAUGAUCAAUGGAACUGAAGAAAUAAUUGAAAAAUUACCAAGUGCGAGCACGUCCUUGCAACAAUAAAACGUGCGAAUUAGUCGGCGAUUGGCACAAAAAAUCGAAGCAUUGUAUGACAUUGUGAGUUAAACAGUGCGGUCGGUGUCCCAGCUUGAAAAAUUUGAAUCUCGCGAGAGCAAGAAAUCGAUAAAACUAUUGAAAAAAAUAUCUCCGAGAUUUGAUUUGUCAGGAAAGUUAAAAUCGAGUCGAAAGUCAAGCAUAAUUAUUCUAACAAACGAGGAGAAUCGUCGACGAUGACUGAGCCUCGUCCAACGACCUCGAUCUUGAGCCCGGACAGCGGUAGCUCUUCUUCGACGCGCCCCAAGUCACAAACGCGACCGUGAGGAAUUUCUGCCCGAGGAGUUCGUGUGCUCGAGCUCGCGAGGCUUCCUUCGCCCUUCACGAGGUUACGCGAGUCUUUUACGCUGACCCUAAGACACGAGCUUGGACUGGCAAAGAGACAGAGAACGAAGAUAAGAGAGAAAUAACGGUGCACGCCAUCGUAUUGCGAGCGCCCUCUCGGGCUUGCUACGUUUCAUUCAACCCUCGGAGUGUUGUGAUUACACACGUGUAGAAACACGCGGCUGAGAAACUUCGAACUGUUUUUGUUUUACACUGACUUCCCAACGGAGGUUUAACUGACGUAGAAUUUUUUGAAAAGUUCGCCUCAAAAGAGCCGACAUAGAUUCACGAAACAAGGCCCGGCUACCGAAGUACCGGGUGCGAUAAAAAAAUAUUUACUCUGAAUAUAAGAGAGAACGGAAAGCUACGACAGUGAGCGGCGCCAGUCCGAUCGCCACUUCAUCGAUCUUCAGCAACCCAUGUAUAAUGUUCUGUUCUACGACCUCAUACGUUCGAUACUAAAAGCUUUUGAAGGGGAUGCUCUAUUCGGACAGUGCGACGCGUAGAUCGUGUUAUUCGCUUCUUCUUAUUUUGCACUUGCCCGUUUUGAAGGAGGGUGGGGUUCCGAAGAGCACGUAACAGCUUAAGGGUCGUAGUAGACGCGAGUGAGCAUCGAGGAAAGAAGAGGGCUGAAGAUUACAGAGACGCCGAACGCGCGCUCUCGCUCGUCGUCGUCGUCACGCAGUCGGAAUUGCAGCGGGGGAGAACAAGAACAAAAUCGAUCACUCCGGCUAUACCGCAACGCGAAAAAGUGCAAUGACCUCCAAACCUCAAGGAAGAACUUACUCAGUGAGAUCACCGCGAGUCGGUGGUCCGCUGUCGCAGCCUUUGGCUAUGAUACCGCCCACGAUGCACGGCCACGAGUUCAAUCAGCCGCUAUCGCGGGUCGUCAUGGUACGAAAAACGGAUCAACGGACGUUCAGCAAGGGUCGACGGAGCGGCGGUGAACCCUUGCUCGAAACUGUCACACGGGAGACUGUCGAAUUGUUCAACGGUGGAAGGGCCGAGAGAAAAUAUACCUCCGAGACCAGGGACAUCGUAACGCCCAAGUCGAACAGUAUGCCCUCGCUCAGCUCGAGUGGGACCAAAAAGAAGGUGGUCGGAUUUGUCGAUCAGUUGUCACCGGACAGAUCGAGGGCAGAGUCCGUCAGAUCCAAGUCACCCUUGACCGCGUCUCCGGCAUCUCCAGGACCUUUGUCUAACUCUUUUCACGGAAGUUUUCAUGGUAGCCUGGGAAGCGAUGGAAUGUCGUGCAGUAGUGCGAGAUCGUCCUCAGCCUCCCCGGAUUCCGCUCGUUAUUCCUCCGCACAGAUAACAAAGACUGAAACGCGUAAACCGUCUGUGCGCAGAUCGGGACCUCCCAAAGAAUUCAUCGACCUGUGUCUUGGUACUCACAACUUUUACCGCGCGAGACACGGAGUGCCACCAUUGAAGCUCAGCAAACAGCUAUGUAAAACAAGUCAAGAUUGGGCCAAUAUCCUGGCAACGAGGGGACGAUUGGAGCACAGAGCGAACAUUGAAUAUGGUGAAAACCUCUAUUGCAUGUGGAGCUCGAAUCCCAAGACCAUUGUCAGCGGUGAUGAGCCUGUCAACGAAUGGUAUGCGGAGGAAGUACAGCAUCAAUACGCCAAAGAGCCAACGACUCUGAAAACCGGACAUUUUACGCAAGUUGUAUGGCGUGACAGUACAGAACUCGGUGUUGGAAUGGCGAGGAAUCGAAAUGGCGAAGUUUACGUCGUGUGCAAUUACAAUCCAGCUGGAAAUUUCCUCGGUAGCUUUACCGAGAAUGUUUUAAUGCCUGGUGGUGGUUCACCGAGCAAAAGAACGCCUGUGAGUAUAAACAAACCGUUGCGCUCGCCGGUCGAUGAGACAUCCUGGCAGCAGGAAGCUCUUCACGUUCACAACGAGUGCAGAAGACGUCACAGGGUUCCAAAUUUGAGGUUGAAUCCUGAAUUGACAGCAGCUGCCAAGGCAUGGGCAGUCACGUUACUCAAUACGAAUAAACUCGUGCCACAAUCGGCGUCGCCUUACGGAGAGAAUAUUUACUCAAUGCAAUGCUCCGAUCCGAAUCUCAUUGCUUCUGCGCGGGAAGUUGUAUCGAAGUGGUAUUCUGAGAAAAAAGAUCACAAAUAUGGCUGCGAGCCAAAAGUUCUCAACACUUGUCAUUUUACGCAGAUAGUAUGGAAAAAUACGAGCGAGAUGGGGAUUGCAAUGGCUAAGAAAGACGGAGCCUGCGUGGUAGUGGCUUGUUACCAUCCACGGGGAAACAUAGUUGGUCAAUUUACCGAGAACGUAUUGAAACCGUUGAAGAGUGUUUCAUGAUCUGUCAGCCGUGAAUGAUCAACGAAAAAACCUCGUGAUUGUAUCUACGAAAGAACCUGCUGUAUUUAUACAUCCACAUUAUAAAUAUAUAUAUAGAUAAUAACUUAAGAAUUAAACCGCGUACGCAUAUACAACAAUGUAUAUACCGCAUACAACGUGCAUACAGAAUAAACAUUCCAAUGCAUAUACAUAAAUAUUAAACGAGCAAGAACGGAAA